AUGUCACGUCCAGGCCAAAACCAGAACCCGGACGAUGUGAUAAAGGAUAUCAGGAGCAAGAUGGAGAUUGAACAGAAGAUCAUUCAAGGAUAUCAGGACGUGAAGCGAAGUUCAACAAAUGCCGAAGUUGUUCAGAAAUGUAAAUCAAAAAUUGUUGAAUCGCAAACUUUGAUUGAUUAUUAUCAGGAGUCCAUCAACAAACUAUCUCGACAGAUGCAGAGGAUGAAUAUAAGAAGCGGAGAUGACAGAAGCUCGACCAUAUCUGAGUACAAACCAUCGUACUCGAGAUUGGACUUGAUCAAGUACGAGUGUCCUUCCUUGGGCCAUAAGAUUCAACAUAUGAUUCAGCAGUUGCAAUUCAAGCUCCAAGUUGAAAACCAGUAUGCCGAAGCCAACAAAAAGAUAUCGCAUCUUUAUCUCAUGGAUGGUGAUAGGUCUUCAAGUAAUGCAGCUGAAGGAGGCCGUGCCGAAAGUGAUCAGAGAAUACAACUUUUGGAGAAGGCAUUAAAGAAAUAUCAAAAUUUCAACAUUAAUUCAGAGGAUUUCAAUAGAGACUAUGAGAUUAUGGACACUCCAAAACACGCAAGGAAACCAUUGAGUGGUAAGUUAACGAUCGCGGUCGCGUGCGUGAGAGAUGUGGAUCAUAUGGCUACAGCUACAUUCAAGAAAAGGGAUACAAUAGUGACGGUUAAGAUCGAUGAUGUUGAAAGGGCAAGAACCAAGCCAUCGAAGAAUGAUAAUUGGUCGGAGGAAUUACUCAUCAAUGUGGAAAAGGGCCAUGAAAUUGAAUUGGUUGUGAUGGAUAAACUGAAUGGAACUUACGUCCCCGUUGCUGUGAAUUGGCUUUCUUUGUUUGAUGUUGCAGAGGAAAUACGUAAAAAGAAGGUUGCAAAGGACCAAGGAGCCAGUGGGUGGCUACCUGCGAGUAAUUUGCCGCAAGCAAAUGGCACAAGUGGUGGCAGUGGCAGUGGCAGUUAUGGAGCAUCGAGCUGGGGAACAAAUUCGACAUUGAAUAUCCCACAAGCUGAUAUCACCCCUCUGAGGUCCCCUAACAAGCCUGAUUUUGCUAGUGGCGGUGAAUCUUACCAAAAAGUGUCUGUCAAUACUUGGUUGAGUUUGGAGCCUUGUGGUCAAAUGUUGAUUAAUAUAAAUUUUGAAAAAUCCAUUAGCCAAGGUAAGCAAUUCAAGGGGCCCCUUGGGAGACAUGGUGCUAUCCGUCAAAGGAAGGAGGAAGUAUUUGAACAACAUGGUCAUCAGUUUGUGCAAAAACAAUUUUACAACAUUAUGUGCUGUGCACUUUGUGGUGAGUUUUUACGUUACACUGGGUUCCAAUGUCAAGAUUGUAAAUUUUUAUGUCAUAAAAAGUGUUAUCAAAAGGUUGUCACCAAGUGUAUUUCAAAAUCUGGUUCCGAUUAUGAUGCUGCUCAGUUGAAACAUCGUAUUCCACAUAGAUUUGAACCUGUGACCAACCAUGGUACUAAAUGGUGUUGCCACUGUGGGUACUUGUUACCAUGGGGCAAAAAGAAUGCUAGAAAGUGUUCUGAAUGUGGAAUAAUGUGUCAUGCCCAAUGUACUCACUUGGUGCCCGAUUUAUGUGGAAUGUCAUUACAAAUGGCUAACGAGAUUCUUGCCACUAUUAAAUCAACUAAAGUGUCACCAAAGAAGCUUAAACAACCUCUGGAGAAAGUUUCUGUACUGGAAAUGAAGCAAGAGCCAAAUUAUUUGAGUCUGGAAUACAAAAUGCCCUUUCAGCAAGAGAAGCAAUUGCAAGAGCACCUGCCACAACAACCAAGAAAACCAUUACCUCCAAAGCCAUCCAUGUUGGGUAAAUUAUCAGUUGACUCUGUAGACACAUUACGCGAUUCAUCGGAAGAGGAACCCGAUGACACCGACUUCAAUGCCAAACUUCCCACCACAACACAAAAGGCAUAUCAAGCACCAAUGGAUAAUGUUUCUCAUACUCGUACAGCUAGACGUCGUCCACCGGUUGAUGAUGAGCAAAAUAGAGAUUUUGCCAAUGGGCAUCAGUAUCGUCACCCAUAUGGUGAGGAAAUGCGUGUUCGUGAAACCAUUUCUCAAGGUGAUGACCAAGCACCCAAUGAUACUGGUGAUUAUGCUAUGGUUAAUGAGCAGUCAUUUAUUGCUGAUGAUGAUCAAAACAACGAUGGGGUAAAUGAUGCAUUUGGCGACUUUGAUUACAAGAAUCAAUUUACUGAGAAUCAAAUCAUCUCACCCGAAGUUAAGGAUGAGGUAGUUGUCAGUCCCUUUUUGGAUCAAAAGGACUCUUCACUUCAGAAUGAGCAUCACGGGAAAAUAGAAUCAUUGGAUCCUUCAUUGCCGGUUCAACAUGAGGAGGAGUACAAGGUAAAUAAGCCCCAUCACAAGACUCACCAUCGCGGACAUUCAGGAGUGACAACCCAUUCUGGUAAAUCUUCAUCAGGUAAACCCAAGCGUCGGAAAAGAAAAGUUGGUUUGGAUGAUUUCCAAUUUCUUGCCGUUUUGGGUAAAGGUAAUUUUGGUAAGGUGAUGUUGGCUGAAUCAAGACAUACAUCUAACUUGUGUGCUAUUAAAGUGUUGAAGAAGGAUUUCAUUGUUGAAAAUGAUGAAGCCGAAAGUGUUCGAUCGGAGAAGCGAGUAUUUUUAACGGCAAAUAAGGAAAUGCAUCCAUUUUUAUUGAAUUUACACUGUUGUUUCCAAACGGAAAAUAGAAUAUAUUUCGUUAUGGAGUAUAUAUCUGGUGGGGAUUUAAUGUGGCAUAUACAAAAGAAUCGUUUUUCAGCCAAGAGAGCCAAAUUUUAUGCGUGUGAAGUGUUGUUGGGGUUGAAGUAUUUCCACGAUAACGGUAUCGUUUACCGAGACUUGAAGUUGGAUAAUAUCUUGUUAACAACCAAGGGACAUAUAAAGAUUGGAGAUUAUGGGUUGUGUAAAGAGAAUAUGUGGCAUGAAAAUACGACAUCCACGUUCUGUGGUACACCUGAAUUUAUGGCCCCUGAAAUUGUUGCUGGUAAAAACUACACUCGAAGUGUUGAUUGGUGGGCAUUUGGAGUUUUAUUGUUUCAAAUGUUGCUUUGUCAAUCUCCGUUCAAAGGUGAUGAUGAAGACGAUAUCUUCAAUGCUAUUGAACACGAUGAAGUUAAAUAUCCUGUGAGUUUGUCGCGUCAAACGGUUCUUGUAUUACAAGCAUUGUUAACUAAAGAUCCGCAACAACGAUUAGGUAGUAGCGAACGAGAUGCCGAAGAAAUUAUGGAACAUGCAUAUUUCCAGGAUGUUAAUUUUGAUGACGUUUUGAAUUGUCGUAUACCUGCUCCGUACAUUCCUGAGAUUACUUCUGAGCAUGAUUAUUCUAAUUUCGACCAAGAGUUUACUUCAGAAACACCAAGAUUAACCCCUGUGGAAACAGUAUUGACUUCAGAGAUGCAAGAACAAUUUAGAGGAUUUUCACACAUUUCUGAAACAGCUGCUGUUUAG